AUGGCGGAACGAAAAGGGUGCCACGACAACAUAUCGGUUCUGGUAACUCAAUUGAGAUACCGAUUCAAAAGAGAAGUGUGCAGAUGUGUGGAACACGCAAGAGAUGGAGGAAGACUCGCAGUGGUGGUGCGCUCUGCAACUGGAGGAGCAGAGGAUGUCAACGGAUGGGCAUUGGCACACACGCACGCGGAGGGCAAGGUGAGCAGGUGGCGUCCAUGGCUCCAUGCCCCGGAGAAGCAGCGGGGACCAAUGCGGGAGACAGGAAUGAGGCCACAGGGAGGCGACGAGGAGGUCGCCGGCGCGGGCAUCUGGCGAGAUGGCUCGGCGGUGGCCUGA